ACACUUGAACAGAACCGGCCAACACAAGAGAUCGCUUAUGCGUAACUUGGUUACGGCCUUGCUUAAAAAUGAGCUGAUUGUCACCACCCACGCCAAGGCGAAGGAAGCCCAGUCGUACAUCGAAAACAUCAUCAAAUACACCAAGAGGGACAACCUCGCGUUUGCCAAGAGUAAAGUCGAGGGAAGAUUGUUCGAGCAGGGUGUCACCAUGCCAAAGUUGUUCAACGAGAUUGCUGAACGCUACCAGGACAGACACUCUGGGUUCACCAGAAUCAUCAAGUUGGAGCCAAGAUUGGGUGACAAUGCACCACAGUCCAUCUUAGAGCUCGUGGACAACGGCACAAAUGAGAUCCAGUUUUGGUACGUCGCAAGAAUUGUUGCCAGGUUGGAAAAGCAAGGCUUAGAAUUGGAUGAAUUGACCCAGACCAACGUCGCCAAGUUGACCAGAUUCAGAAAGAACGGCGAUGAGGCCUUUAGAGCUGCCGUCGAGAGAUGUAAGGUUGAGUUCUACAGUGAACCAGAGAGCUACGCCAAUAUCCCUGUCUCCAAGAAGCCAAAGGCAAAGUUCUUAGGCCUCGAGUUUGUCAAGCGUCCGGAACCAGAAGCCUCCUCCUAAUCACACCCCCUAUGUAUAUAGCCAUAAGUAACAAACUUUUUUUCAGUAAGGCACCAGGUAGCGGCUACCUGUAGUGUGCUCCAGAUGGUUGUAAUGUCGAACAGACACAUACGGGGCUCACUUUUUUUAUUGGUGACAGGCAAUGAAUCUGAGUGACCAUAAUGCAUUGCUAUUCGAUCUGACGACUCAGUCCCGUGGGGAUGAUAUGACUCCUCAAAAAUCAUCCAUUAAACGUUUAAUUCAACCUAGAUACCGGGGAUAUCACUGGCAGCACGCAUUUUUAUCCAAAGCUGAUUCGAUGUUCUAAAUACAC